AAACGUCCGAAAUGGACUACUCUAAAUUUCUGGAUGACAAUUUUGACGCGAAGGAGUGGGUAAACACAGCCUUUCGUUCACAGAAGGACCAGCCAACGAAUAAAGAUCAAUAUGCCACUACCCUAGUAAUGAAGCUUCAGAUGUUUAUUCAGGAGGUGAAUAAUGUGAUUGAGGAGACUAGUCAACAAGCUGUACAGAAUCUCCCACGAGUUAUGAGAGAGUUGGAUGCUGUCAAGCAAGAAUCUUCUUUAUUACAAGAACAAAUGAAAAUGGUAAAACAAGAUAUUCAGAAGGUAGAACAAGACACAGCCCAAUCUAUGCAGAUGCUGCUUCAGCUUGAUUCCAUCAAGUCUCGUCUAACAGCUGCUGCGGAGGGUCUACAGGAGGCAGAUAAUUGGACCACUCUCAGUGCUGAUGUAGAAGAGGUGUUCCAAUCCAAUGAUACAGACGCUAUUACAGCAAAAUUGUCAAGAAUGCAGACAUGCUUGCAAAUGUUGGUGGACACACCUGAUUAUGCUGAGAGAUGCGAUCACCUAGAGAAGCUGAAGAAUAGACUAGAAGCUAUGCUGAGCCCACAGUUGGUGGCAGCUUUUAACUCUCAGUCUAUAGAGGCAGCCCAGAAAUUCACCAGAAUAUUCUCCGACAUAGACAGACUACCUCAGCUCUACAAGUACUAUCAUAAGUGUCACAAGACAAACCUGAUGAGCAGCUGGACAACUGUGAUGGAAGCAAAGUCAGAUGACUCUCUGACUGACUGGAUGUCAGAGUAUUAUGACCUAUUGUUGACUACCUGGCAUAAUCAGAUAAAGUGGUGUAACCAAGUGUUCGCGGACCCUGUACCAAUUGUCUGUGACCUGAUCACGGAAGCUCUUUCAUCAGUAGACCUUUCUGCCUGUAUAACUAAACAUCUGAGUCAGCGGAAAGAUAACCUUGUAGCCCUUACUGAACUCAAGGAGAUAUCUGAGAGAUUUUCAAAGAGUAUGGAACAGUCUGUAGAGACACAUGCCAAAGUGGAUCAAAUGGAGCACACUCAGAGUCUGGAGAGGCUGAUGAUGAUGAUUUAUGCUCCGUACCGACCUUACAUCGCGAAGUACAAGUCAAUGGAGGAGGCGACCCUAGGUUCUGACCUCAAUAACAUUCGGCUGGAUGACGCUGAAGUGUUUGAAACAGUGCAGUUAUUAGCAGCAUCAGUGAACAAGCUCUUCAAUGUAGCUAAAGAUGCUAACGAGAGGUGUCAGCGUUUGUCCAAUGGAUGCGGCUAUGAAUUUUUACUUAAUGCUUUAAAGACAUAUUUCAUCAGCUACUGUCGGGAGUUUCGUCGAGUGAUGGUCAACAUUAAAGAAAAGUGUAAGAGCAGUCAAUCUCAGGAUGCCGAGGACUGGACUCUGUUCCAGCAGUCUCUUCGCAUCAUACAGACAUGUGGGGACCUGAUAAUGCAUGUUGAUGAGCUUGAUGGCAAUAUCAUCAGCAGUAUUAUGCACACCAUAGCACACUACUCUAACCCUGGGUCUCCUGUGAAAGAGGCAAGCAAAAUCAGACAUGCUGGUAAACGGUCGAUUUUACAUGCACAAGCUUCUCUGUUUCUGAGUAAUACUGAGGAUAUUGCUAACCUGGAGAGUCUUGUCAGCAAGCUGGAGGAAGGAGAGACACCAUCAGUGCUCACAGACAUCAAGAAAGAGUUCUGUCAACUGAGUGAGGAAGUUCACAGGUUUUCAUUUGAUAUUGUAUUCGCUCAGCUGAAAGGCUAUCUAACAGAUCUGGCAAAUAUGGAGAUUUGGAUGUCUAAAAGUGCUGGCGGAGCAUUGACCUCUGACCUUCCAACUUUCAGUCUCUCACCACAGGAGUACAUCACCAAGAUUGGUCAGUACAUGAUGACCCUUCCACAACACCUUGAACCGUUCACCAUGCAGGACAACCCAGCAGUCAUUGUGGCUCUUAAGCAUGGAAGACUGCCAUAUACAGAUGAAAUGGAAUUACCUGAACACACAGCAGACCUUUGGCUGGAAUCUAUAGCUCGUGGCACGAUGCAUUUCUACUGCGAGGAAAUUCUCAAGAUUCAUGAACUGACCACACAUGCUACAAAACAGCUGACCACUGAUAUAGACUACCUGUGUAAUGUACUGGAGGACCUGGGACUGCACAUGUCCGAAACCCUGAAAAAUAUUGACAAACUGUUAAAGGCAUCUCCCGAUGAUUACCACGAUGUUACGGAAAACAUGCCCCAAAGAUUAGCACAUGCUAUCAGUGGUAUGAGGCGGAUUGACCUGUAGGUGUGAUAUAUUGUAGACGUGUGUGUGGGUAUUAUGUGUGUUGUAUGGGGGAUUACAUGUUAGGGGACUUUUGCUUUUGAGGAGAGUAUAAAUUGUAUGGGGGAUGUCAGUGAGGGUCUGGAGUAUGUGUAAUAUGUGUAUUGGGGAUGUCAGUGAGGGGCUAGAGUAUGUGUAUGGGGGAUGUCAGUGAGGGGCUUUUUUGUACUGUCCAUUAUGCUUGGAAUUAUAACUUAAUGUAUCUUAUACAAAUUAACUUUCGUGAGGAUGUUGUUUUUGCUAUUUUACAGUACACCAAAAUUGAAAAAAAAUUUAGUCUGUGAAAUAUGGAGACGUGUGUAUUAGAGAUGUUCUUUGGUCCAGGUGUCUCUCAGCUUCAAUAGCGGUAUUAAACAAUUCAUUGUGAAAAUUUCUAAUCACACCAAUCUUCUAGAACUUUUAUAGACAGGUUUGACCGUAUGUAAGGUUGGUUGGGAUGGGGAGGGUCGGGGAUUGAGAGCUAUCAGAUGUUUUUGUUAUAUAGUUGAAUUAGAGAAAUUAUUUAUACUACGGAACAUUAACAAAGUCACUAUUUGAUUAUGUAGCCAGUGUUAUUGUGGUGAGUCUGGGAUUCAUGAAUUGGUUUACUUACCAAGGUAUCACAAAAUGUUGGAUAUUCAACAGGAGGCUAUCAGAAAUCUGUUGUUUUAUGUUGAUGUUCAUAUCAGUUUUGUUUUUUUUUUUUCUAAAGUUUUUUUUUUUUUUUUAUUCUUUGUUCAUUUGUCUCUUUGACAUUAAACUACCAAUAAUUGCUUAAUGAAUAAUUAUAUCACACAAAUUUUAUAUCAGUCCGCAUUAUCAUUUGUAGUUAACAUGUUAGAUUAUACAAUAAAUUGUCAAAAAAGUCUGUUUUCCCUUAACUAAAAUUUGUUUUCCUCUCAA